AAUCAAGAAUACGUAGCCCACGCGGGCGCACGUUUCCCAAUCAAAUGGACAGCACCGGAGGCAGCAAACUACUCCCGUUUUACCACUGCUUCUGACGUCUGGUCAUUCGGCAUCCUCUUGACAGAGAUAGUGACCUACGGGAGAGUCCCCUAUCCUGGGAUGCACAAUGCCGAAGUAUUGCGCCAAGUAGAGGCUGGAUACCGAAUGCCGGCCCCACCAGGGUGCCCAGCAGAGCUCUAUGACCUCAUGCUAGAGUGUUGGGCUGCUGACGAGGCUGCACGUCCUUCCUUUGCCAGCAUCCAUGGGCGUCUGCAAGUCUUUUGCGAGGAGUGGGAUCGCCCCGCUUACCGCGAUCCUGCCACAGCUACUUCUGGCACCGCUGUCGGAGCGAAUACUACCUUUGAACGAUGCGAAAGUCCACCACCUCCUCUUCCUCUUUACCGUCGCCACGUCACGACACGUCAAAACUGA